GCCAAUUUCAUAAAGUCAAAGAUUCAAUUUAAAUGUCAUAAAAUUCAUAAAAUCUUCCACUUUCAACCCUGGGGAGUCUUGAAAGGGAAAUUGUGAAGCAAACAACAGUCAGGGAAUAUCCCUGGCUGAUGAUGUGCACUUCAUCAUGUGCCGACGGUUUAUCAGCGGUAUCGCUUACACCAUCAAAACAACUUGUAUUGAAAAGGUCUUGUUUGUAAGUGAGAGCAAGGCUUAUUUUCUCUGAUAUCACAGCCUUUUUCGGUGUUCAAAGUCUUGGCUUGUACUAUUAACACUCCUUGCCGGCUGCGGAUUUCAUUCGGUCAGAAAUCAGUGAUCAAUUCGAUGUGGAUCGUUUUACGUGGUUGCUAAAAAUACCUCUGAAAUCACGUGUAAAUACAAAAGGGAACCUCUACAAAAACCGUCGACUUGGCGAAUUUCCUUGAGAGCAGUUAGAAGACGUUAGCCUCCAGAACUCUGUACAAGAUGACUAUUCCUUGCAUGGUUUGCUUUAUGGAAACGUCCGAAAUAAGUAUUCGUUCGUGGUGUUGUUCGGGAAUAAUUUGCCUGUCUUGUUUGGAAGCUCACGUCUCGUCGAAAAUAGAAGAAGCCGUGGUGAAAAUCGUGUGUCCUCUCGGCAACUGUGACAGUUUAAUUAGCGAGGACGAGAUAAAAGAACUUGUGUCAGAUGAUGUUUUUGAAAAAUACCAGCGCUUCAAAGUGGAAAUUGAACAGAAUCCACAUAUCAAGACUUGCCCUGGCUGUUCGCGAAUUUAUCACCAUCCCGACUUAGCGAAGACCGAACAGGAGAGAGAUUUAAGUCCGGAAGUUAUGAAAGUAACAUGCUCAAAAUGUCGAUUAGUUUGGUGUUUCUCUUGCCAAGCACCCUGGCAUCAUGGUUUGACGUGUAAAGAGUUCUGUAAAGGAGAUAAAUCGUUGAAGAUAUGGGCCAAAAACCGCGGUCAGCCUGUCCGGAACGCAUGUCGUUGCCCAAAAUGUCAAGUUUUCAUUCAGAAGUCCAGCGGCUGUGACCACAUGUCUUGUAGCAGGUGUCACACAGAAUUCUGCUACAGAUGUGGAGGGAAGUAUCAUCACUUAAAAUUUGUAGGAAACCAUUACGAUCGUUUCAGCAUCCUGGGCUGUAAAUACAAUUACAAACCUGAUCAGCCUGUGCAGCGUAUUGCGGUGCGUGGAGCACUUUUUGGUGGACAAGUGAUGGUUGUGCCUAUUAUAGCCGGGUUAGCCGUCACCGCAGGAUGUGCUGUGCUUAGUGCGGGAAUAGUUGCCGCUCCAUUCUAUGCAUCUUAUGUACUUAUCAGGAAACAGAGAGCGAAGCGCAAGCGGGCAAAUAUCAAAAAGAAAAAGUAAAUAAUUUCAGUGUUUCUUAUUGGUGACUGGGGGAACUACUAAAACAUGUGCCUUCAAACCAAGGGAUAGUCUCCAAACAGUCAUUAUAAAGGUGGUUGUUAUUAGGGUGAUGACCCUAAUAUCGGCUGCAGAUGAGACUAACCAAAAAGAAAGAUCAAAGGUGAAGGGUAAUUUGUACCAUAUUUUCACAAGCUUUCAAAAAUAUAUAUUUAAAGCUAUCCAGUUUAACAGGUUUUGUUUUCUAAAUGAGGGUUUUUUUAUCCAAAAUGGAAGUUCCCUUUUAGGAUUAAGGGUGCUUACCAUUUGGUAGAAUAAACUGGUUAAGAUGACCAUCAAAUAAUUGGUAAGGGAUUUUCCAAAAUCAGCAAACCAACUGAGGGAGAUGGCACUAAUUACCAUUUACAAUUUGAUUUCCUGUAAUUGUUUUCGGCUGUCAAGAGACUGGAAGGUUUAGCAAAUGGAAAAAUACUGCUACAUUUGACUUUCAACCAACAUUUUCCAGAUUUUUUGGCUAAAUGGUAAGCACCAGAAAUUUCUCUCUGGUUCCCUGUUCAGGUGAAUAUUAUUUAACAUUGUUAAUAAAGAGGAUACAGAUUCUACAUGUAUGUCGCGGCAGGGCAGGAAAAAAUUUUGAAAUCCAGUGGGCCAGUGCAUUUCAGUUUUCAGUUGCCCCGACUAAAAUAUUACUAGCCCCAUAGGUUCACAAUGUGAUGUACUAGGUAUUGUCUGUAAUCUGACAGUGAUAGACUAUAACAAGACUACUGAGGCUAAUUUCACUUGCCCAUCGGACCACCAAACAUCCCUUUUCACUUGCCCAAGAGCACAAUUUACUUGCCCUGAGCAAUAUCAGACCUGGGUUUUUCCCUGCCCUGGCCUGGUGUAUUUAUUCUGGCAACUUCAUGCAGACCAAUCAAAAGUUGAGAGAAAUACUGGCAGAAAGAAGGAAAGAAUACACUCCUUCCCUUUAUGCUAUGUCUCUGUAUUAAAUUUUCACAUCUGUCAGAGAUUUUUUCAAACUACCAACUGUUGUAUAAAAUACAUAUCAUAGUUGGGUACAUUGAGAACAGUGCAUGUAUAAUGCAUUAAUAUUUUAGUGUACUUGACAAAGUUUUAAGUAUUGGUUUAAAGCAGAGGCUGAAA